AAAACAACAUUCAGCGGGUUGGUCGCGUGCGGACGUCUCGCGUCGCUGUGUUGUUGUAUUUUCAAACAAAUGGCCGCCGCGUGUGCCAAAAAAAGUAAAUAAAAGUGUUAAAUGUUUUAUUGUGCGUGUAAAGCAACAAUUGGUCAAGUGUUUGCCAGCAAUAUAAUUUAUAUUUCUUUAAAAAUCGUUGAUGAAACACGAAGCGCAGCAAUUGCAAACCGUUUUUAUACUUGCACUCGUAUGUGUUUGUCGGAGUCAUUCUCGUUCGUGUACGCGUAAACGUGAGAGUGUGUGUUUGUAUAAGUGUCGAUGAAGUGCAUGUGCAUUAAGAAGAAAAUCAAAGUGCCGCAAAAGAAGCAAUCUAAACAAAUCAAAUAACAAAUUGCAAGUUUGUUUAAAGUGCUAAAAUCGCAGGAAUAAUAACAAAAGGAGCGGCAAACAACUUGUACGCACACAUACAAGUGCAGAAAAACCGACAGCGAAUGCAGUGCGUGUAUCUGUGUGAGUGAGGGCGACAAAUUUGCUCGCUCGUCGUGUGUGAAGCAGAAAAAAACGCAAAGAGGAGGAAUAAGAAGAAGAAGCAGACCAUCGUUUGCGUUUGCUUUGCAUUUGAUUUUGCGAUUACACAUGUAUGGGGUACAAAUUCCAAUUUGAAUUUGCAUUUGCAAGUUGCGCAUGCGUCGCUGCCGUUUUAUUUUGUCUACGUUAUUAAACAACAACUAGUGUUUUUUGUGGGAUAAAAUCAUUUCCAAUUGCUGCUAAAAAAUCAACAAAACUACAAAAAAAGAGCUUUUGGCACAGAAAGUGAAUUGAAAGGCAAUUGCUGUGGUUACCUCGCGAUCUCUUUCUUCCCCUCUCCCUGUCUCUCUCGCUGAUGGUGGCCAACCUCUUCCACAUCCUCAACAUUGGAUUGGAUUGGAGUGGAGCCAACAAUAUUGUUGGUCACUUUUCACAUUCAGAGUGAAAUUAGCAAUUAAUUUUUUAUCAAAAUAACGAAAGAUGUAUUUUGCAUAAAAAGCAAACGAACGGAAAACGAAAACAAUCAACGAAAGAAAGAAACAAAAAAAAAAUCGCGCCAGGAACUGGAACCUGGAACUUUGCUGCCGCCCAACAACAACACAAAAGGUCACACAGCGGAACGGAACGGAGUGGAAUGAAACAGAGAGGAGAGUCGAACACGACGAUGCCAGCAGCAGACAUGCAAAUUUGUGCAUUUUAAGCGCAACAACAACAGCAACAACAACGACGACAACAUCAACGAAACACGAAUAGCAACAAAAAGGAGAUUUUAAGCAAAUUAAUUAAAUUAACAUACACAUGGAAAUCGGAACCAAAAACAAUUAGCGCCAACACACACACAUGCACAAUGGAAGCUGUGAGACAUGAAAACGAAAAGGGAACAGAAGCAAAAACAGAAAUUGAAAUUGAAAUCAAAACAGAAGAAGAAGGCAGAGAGAAUGCAGAGAGAGAAGCAAUGACAGAGACAGAGACGUCAAAUUGCUGCAACCAAGAGACUGAAACAGCGGCCAUGAUGAAGUGCGGUGGCGGAGGCAACGCCAUCGAAACAACAACAACGAUGAGACUGGAGGAUAUGGCAUUUGUCAUGCCCGCAACACCAACAACAACAACAGUCAUACGCACCACCAAAGCUAGCAAAUCGGCCAGCAGCAGUCGCAGCAGUUCGCUAAGGAAACAGCGACGCAACAACAGCGAUGCUGCCGCUGCUGCUGGUGUUGCAAGCGGUGUUGGUGGCGGGCAAGCAAACAACGAUAUGAAAACAUCACAAUCGAUGACCUCGCUGCCCGCCGAUGAACUGCAGCAGGAACGGCGUGAUGUCAUUCAGGCCAAGCUGCAUCUGGAGCGUCCCUACAACAGCCUCAAGAAAAACUCACAGAGCAACAAGUGCUCUUCAGGCAGCAGCAGCAACAACAACAAAAUGCAUCGAUACUCUUGGGGCAGCGGCCACAGUCAUAGCAGCUCCACCAGUCUGCACAGCAGCGCCACACUCGGCCUGGGUUCGUCGGGCAAAGACGACCUCUGGGCGGCCAUACAAACGAACUACAAUUAUAUUAUGGACACAAACCUGCUCGAUACGUGCAAAGAGGCGCGGUUUGAAAUCGAGGAGGCGCAGCCAACUUCGCGUGAAUGUAAAUUUACGGGCAGCCAACUUCAUAUUUUGGACGAAACCCAACGACAGGAAGGUUUGUGCGAAGAUCCGAAAGAGUUGCGACGUUGGUUGCGCGACAUGGAAAACAAAUUGGAGAGUUCACCAACUAUUUCGGAAUUGACUUUGUACAGCAAUUCGGAAUUGCAGCGCCAUCUAGCAGUACACUCGGUGUUGUACCAUGAAAUUGUAUCACACGCUCGAGUUGUAAGCGCUUGCAUACGAGCCGCCUCUGAAAGGGAACGAGCAGCAGAGCAAUCACAGCAAAUAGCAACCGCAACAGCAACACAACAGCCUGCCUCCCUCACCAGCAACUGUUCGAGUGAGUCGACGACCAGCGAAUCGGUGACCAAAUCGAAUAGUCUAAGCAGCGGUUUUGCCUCAGAUGGCGCACCAUUGACCACGCCCAGCACAGCAGCCACAACAGCAGCUCCAACAGCAACAACAGCAGCUCCAUCCGCAGCUCAUCCAAGGAAAGGUGAAGGCAAUUUGGAGCGUCUACGCGAUCGUUAUCAUCUGCUCUAUUUGAAGGCCUUUGAGCUGCAACUCUGCCUGGACAAUUUACUGCGCAAACGCAGCUCCACAGCGACUGGCUUGGAUGACGACGACGAUACGGAAGACGAUUCAUUUGGCUACGAGGGCGAAGAAGGAGACGCUGCCACCGAGGACGAUCUGAACGAAGUGGGCUCCGAUUUGGAUCUGGAGUGCGAGAGUGCAGCGAGUCACAAUUCAGCAGAGUUGUUGUUGCAACGUUGUCAAGUUGCUGCCACAGAGAUUGUCUCCGCCAACGUGCCAGCGGCAACUGAGGAUCAGUCACGCGAUUGUAUCGCAACCCAAAAGCCCGGUGACGAGGCUGACGAGGAACCAGACGAAGAAGACGAUAAUUCAGCAGACGUUGUUGACUUUGUGAUUGCAAAACGCGCUUGGCGCCAAACAAAACUCAACCAGAACUCACCCACCGCUCCGGCAACGCUCACCGACUUUGAGGCGGACUCCGAGAGCAGCGAUCUGGAGCAGGUGCAGCAACUGCAUCGUCGCAACGUUUGCAGUUGUGGUGCCACAGCUGUUGUUGCCACCACUGUGGCGCAUAGUCGACGCCUUGGCAUUAGUUCCACACAACAACAGCAAGCAGAGAUGUCGCAGUCACAGACGGCAAACGGCAACAGUUCGACAAAUGUGUCGCUGUUGCAGACGCGACACGGCAACAAAAUGUUGCCACAGUGCCAACAUCAUCACAGUGCCAAGCCGAAGAGCAUCGCUGUGGCUGUCAUUACACCCAAUACACACCACCAUCACCAUCACAAUAAUAAUCAUAAUGGUCAUGGUCAUGACCUAAACAAGUCGCCGACAGUGCUGCGAAAGUCAUCGUCAUCGGCGACAACCACAACUGCGGCACAUCGUGGCCACAAUGACACCUCCAAGUUCAAUCGCUCGAAUCGCAAGUCCAAGAACUGCGCCAUCUUCUAUUUCAAGCAUCUGGACACGGAUAAUGAGACGAGUGGAGCGGGCACCGAUGCAGCGGGCGAGGGGGAUGCUGAUCUGGCGUUGGCCGUGGCCCAGCAGCAAAUACUCAAAUCGGCUGAUGCCUCUUCGGAUGACGACGACGAGGGUUGGCUCUACACAGCGGCAACCACAGCAGGAACAACAGCAGCAGUAACAGCAACAUCUACCGUCGAUGGUCUGCAGUCGGCUGCCAUCUCGUCGACAACCUCUGGCGCCACAGCAGCAGCAGCAACAGUCGAAGCAACAGCAGCAGGAGUAACAGCAACAACAACAACCAGCGACGACUCUGAUAAGGAGAACAAGGAGACGCUGGUGAGCACAUCGACAACAGCAACCACCGCAAGCAUAGCAACAAGUGCUGUUAGUGUUGGUGUCGUGCUGGUUGGCAGUGGGAGUGGCAGCAACAGCAACUACGACAGCAGCAGCGCCUGUUCAUCGUCCAAUUCGAACGGUGUCCACACAGAGACCUCGGCAACCUCGCGAGUCACUCAAAUGCAGCGCAGCGGCGUCGUUGUCAGCGUCAUGGACAUGGAAAUGCAAUUGCAGUCGGGCAGCCAAAGCAGCGAUGGCAGCCACAGCAACAACAACAACCACAACACAAGACACAUCAUUAGCAACAAUUGCUAUAAACAACUGCAAAGCGACAACAACAACAGCGGCAACAGUCAACAGUUGAAUGCUAACAACAACAACAACAACAACUACAAUAAUCACAAACAUCAGCAACAGUCUCGCAUUGACUCUAAACAGCAACAACAGCAGCAGCAACAGAUCGCUGAUGAGGCAACUGCCGCUGAUAAUGCAAAUGGAAAUGCAGCACAGCUGCAUCUGAACAGUAACAACAACAACAAUGGUUGCAGUUUCUACAGUCGUGCCGACAUCUGCAACAUUAGCGUCUGGCCCAGUGAGAUGACCAAUGGAAAUGGAAAUGUCCAACAACAGAAUGUUGCCAAUGGCAAUCGUCUGCCACCUCGCUCGCCAGCCAAGUCGGUCAAAUCGCAGGCGAGCAGCAGCAAUGCAACAAUGUCGCCAUCAAAGGGCAAGGUCUCGCAUGAUUCAAUCAAGCAGCUUGUGCUCGAAGCAGAGCAUUUGGUGCGCGACGCUCAGGAGGCAGCAUUGAAGACGCCAACGAAGCAGAAACAUUCCAUCAUCAAGAUUUCCUCGACGGUAAAGAAACGCGACAUCAUUAUGCCUGGUCCCAUCAAGCAAAGAGUCGAGGAAUGGCUGGAGCAUCAACCCUCAACGCCACAGCUACUAAAUCGCAAUCAUCAUUCGCAUGAGGCUCCGAGCAGCAAACCCGAUGACUGCGAAGCCUCCGGCGAGGCAUCCGAAACCGAUUCCAUGCCCCACAAGGAUGCCACUUGCGGUGUCGGCUCCGAUUCAUCGGAGGGAUUCACCGACUCCAUUGCCACCUGCAUGCAGACGAGCACCAACUCGUAUGGCAACUCCACAGAACGCAUUGGCGGCUCCGCUGAACCCAUUCAUCAGCCAACGACUCCGCUUGGCUUUGGCAGCAGCAAUCAGAGCCUGAAUGUCAAGGUCGUAAAGCGUCCGCAAUCGCGUCGCAAGUCCGAGCGUCCUUGGUCCGUCUCCUGCCUCUCGCAGUUGACCACAGAUGCCGCACAGUUGACCACAAUCAUUGCUGAUGUGGGUCAGAGUUCACCUCCGGGUUUGGCCAGCCACUCGAUCAGUGAGAGCGCCUUGGAUUCGCUUUCGCCGGGACCCAGAGCCAGAGCGGCUUCCUCCUCGGGAACUGGCAGCAAUGCGGCACGCAAGGCGGACAGCAAGGGAUCGCUGCGACGUCGUCGUGCAAGGAAGAAGCGCAUGUCUGCGGCUUCGGGUGGCAGGAAGUCCGAUUCGGGUUCCGAGACACACGGCGAUCUCACACAGACGCUGAUGAAGUCAUGCGAAUCGAUGUCGUCUCAGCAGUUGCAGGAAUUCACCAAUGCUUUGCUGAGCAUACAGAAAGGUGGCUCACCCACCAAUGCCAAGGCGGAAGAGUCUUUGAACGAGGGUGAAUCGGAGUCGCACUUGAUGGUGCCCAAGUUCCGAGUGGGUUCAUUUACCACAGCUGCUCUCAUGGCCAGCGAAAUUCGCUUGGGCGCCUUGGCUGCGCUUUCUAAUUACAUGAACGAGGAUGAGCAGCAAGCUGCACGCACGCCCGUACCCAGGCCAAAAGAACUGAGCACUGAGGAUCAUCAUAGUAGCAUCUCGGAGACCGCCUGGGAUGAUUAUCAAGAGAAAUACAAUUCGGAGAACUAUUCGGAGGGCUUUGAUUCGGAUGCAGCGCGUCGUCUCUUGGAAUUUGGCGAUGACUAUCGCAAUUUCAUUGAUUCGCAGUCGGAUUGCUGCAGUUCGCUGUCGGCAGCCAACAAUUUGGAUUCGUUUUCGCCACCGCGAAUGGAUUCACUGCAGCAGCACGAGCUGAAGGCGCUGCACAUCAACCAGGAGACAAUCAGCAGCAGCGUUGAUCACGCUCGUCGUCAACGCGCCCUCGAACUGCAAUCGGAACGUCGUCGCAAGACGCUCGAAGUGCGUCGCAAAUCGUGUCAAGACAUGGCUGAGGCCAUCAACUCACAGACGGAGCAGCAGCAACAACAGCAGGUGACCACUGCGAAUCUUUCCUCCUCGGCCACAGCGCUGAUGACACCCAAGAAUCCGCCCGCAACCCGUCCGCCCGUCCGCACCGAGUCUGUGGGCCGCAAACUGGAGUUCGGCGCUGGCAUGAGUCACUCAGCCCAGUCACUCCUCCGUCGCACCUCCGAGAGCGACACUUCGACGCGUCGUCGUCGCACUGUCACCGCCGAUGAGCGAAGACGUUCGUCCCGUAACUUGGAGAAGUGCAUCAAGCUCAUCCCAGCCACGUCGUCAUCGAGUGGCGAUGACUCCGAGGAUGGUGAGCAGGAGAUGCGCUCUCUGCUCCAGCAGAGUCGCGACAGACUCGAGGAUACGCGUGCUCUCAAGAUACGCUGUCAUCUGCUGCGACCUGAGGAUUAUCACGAGAUUAUCAACACUUGCCGGGACAACAUUCGGUGCCUGGAGGCCGUGCUGAGAGGUCCGCCUGGGACGGUGCUGUCAACGCACUGCGCCGGCCAGACAAAAGAUCUGUUGGCUGCCUGGGAGGAUUUGCUUAACUGGAGCGAGAAUGCAGCUGGAGCACGCAAGCUGCAGCAGGAGAUGAGCGCACUGAAGCACACUCUGAGACGUCUCGGCGAUAACGCCACACCCGAGCUCCUCGACACGGAGCCGGCCAUUCAAAUAGCCGUCGAGGCGCUGAAGCAAGAGCAAACACAGCUGGGCAGCUAUCGCACCAACAUGUUGCGCCUGAAUGCCUCGGUGCACAGUUGGCUGACACGUCAGGAGCGUCGCUUGCAACAGGAGCAGCAACAGCAGCAGCAACAGGAGUCCGAACAACUUCAGCAACUAGAAAAGCAACAGCAACUGGAACUAAAGCAACAGCAACUCGAGCAACAGCAGCUGGAAAAUGGCAAUGCCAACUCAACGGUGGCAAUCACAGUGACCGACAGCAAUGGCAACCAGGUGGUGGAGGCUUCCACAGGCACCAGCAGCAACUGGGAUGUGAAUAGUUUGCUCAGCGCUGAGCAGGAGUUCCACAAGCAUCUCAAGGAUGAGGUUAGCGACAUGUAUAGCGCUUGGGAUGAGGCAGAUGCCAGAAUCAACUCACAGCUGGAGAUGCUCACCAAUUCGCUGAUUGCCUGGCGUCAACUCGAGUGCGGUUUAAGCGAAUUCCAACUCGCUUUGGGCCAAGAUCGCGGCACACUCAAAGGCCUCGAGGGUGCGCUGGACAAGGGACAAGCCACACCAGUGGAGCUGGCACAGAAUGUGAAACUGGUGGCCAAACUGUUGUCCGAGAAGGUCAACGUUAGCCAAGAGCAACUGCUCGCUGUGCAACAGCAUCUCGAUCCCAAUCACAUCUAUCACAUUGCCAAGUUCACCGCUUCGAAUGGCUCGCUCUCCGAUUCAGGCAUCUCCGAUGGCGGUGCCACCUCCGAUGGUGGAUUGUCCGAGCGUGAACGUCGCUUGGGUGUACUGCGUCGUCUGGCCAAGCAGCUGGAGUUGGCUUUGGCACCUGGCAGCGCGGCCAUGCGCUCGAUUGCCGCACGCAUGGAGAGCGCCGAGGCGGAGUUGAAGCAACUGCAAAACACUUGUCGUGACUUGAUUGUGCGCACCGCUGCCUCGCAUCAACAGAAGCAGCAGGAGCAGCAACAGAAGCAGCAACAAGUGGAGCAACAGCUGGCCAAUGGUCAUGUGAAGCAGCAAACGUUGAAGCCACAGCAAGCGCCACAGCAAUCGUCGCCCAAGCGCCGCAAUGCACGCAAAGCGCGUCAAGCUGCUGAGAAAUUGGAGUUGCAACAGAAGCAACUGCAGCAGGAGCAAGAGCAGCAAGUGGUGGAGCAACUGCAACGUAUUGUGGCUGCCGGUGGUGGCGAUGAUCCCGAGGAUCCGGCCAAUGAAGCAGCUCUCCUAGACAACAGCGAAGAUGAAGAUGACACCAACUCCAAGGCGAAGCGACGUGGUUGGGCUUGGCGCAUUGCGCGUGCUGCGGUGCCGAUGCAAUUGGCCCUGUUUACGUUCUUCUGUGCGGCGUGCAUGAUGCAGCCCAACUGCUGUGACAAUCUCAACAAUCUGUCGAUGAGUUUUACGCCUCAGCUGCGCUACAUUCGCGGUCCGCCUCCAAUUUGAGCGACGCAUUUUGCACGUUUUUAAGUAGGCAACAGAAAUAAUUUACAAUAGUAACGCGUACGUUAAGUGGAUCCACAUCCAGAUCCAGAUACAGAUACAGAUUCUAAAGCGGAUCUAAAGCCAGUCUAGGCGAUGUCCGCCAGCGCAGCGCGUUUUGCACGCGAUUUGCGUGCGUUUUUUUGAAGCAAUCAUUCAAAGCGUUUUUUGAUUGUCUUCUUUUUUAAGAAAAACAUAAACGGAGGCACUUAGUUUUUUAUGCGAACGCAACGUUAUCACUUAAGCUAUACUUAAAUAGUUAUUUGAUUCAAUUGAUUAAUUCGUUUGGUAUUUGUCUUAGGAAUUUAGUUUGCGUGUGUUUUUUUCGUUUGUUUUUAAUCAACUGAGAGACGCGUUUAAAAUUAAGUGCACCAGAGUAAGCUCAACCUUAGGUGCAGAUGGCACACAUGCAUGACAUGCAUUAAGUUAUGUACUUACAGCCACAGUUUAGUGUGAGACCCAUGACACAGCUCCAGUUACUAGAAAUACAAUUUAUAUACAAAGAAUCAAAUUUGGAUUCGAGAUUUUUGUUUGUGCGAUUUAAUUGUGUCCACUUUUCGGUUUGAAAAACACGACAAGUGCCUAUUAAAGACCCAAAACAGGGGCAAACAAAUAAAACAGAGAAAAGAGAAAGGAAGAUUGAGAAAAAGAAAGAGAGAGCAUAUCGAGAACAAGGCAUAAAGAGCUGAAACUAAAGCUAAAGCCAAUCGGAAUCUGGC